GGAAGGGAAUUUAAUUGACUGUUUUUGAUAGAUCUCAGGUGCCUAUAAUAAAGUCAUUUCAAAUUCUUAGGAAUUAGAUUGGAUCCCCUCCAUUUCAGAUGGAAGCAGAAUGGAUGACUCUCCGAAUCUAUUAAGGAAAAGGCCAGGACGACUGAGCCUUGGUAAACGAUCCAAAGACGGGUCAGACUCUCCCACAACGCCAUGUCGCCACUCAAUUAUGCGCAGUUCCGUCAACACGCCGCCCUCGAUUCGUUUCAACGGAAAUCCAAACAGUUCGCAGACGACCCCGCUGAAUCACUUCAAGCGAACGUACUUCAUCGAAGAGUCUCCCUCGCAGGACUACGAUAGCGAUUCCCAGACAAUGAUUUGCACCCAAGACACGCGCCAGAGCGUUACCGACGUCGACUGGAAAUGGGAAGAGCCAGAUCGUCCCAAUGUGGCCAAGACAAUAAUCAAUCCGAAACCUCGUCGAGUAGAAAACAGCAGACCCGCGCGACACAUUCGACCGAUAAUGCAACUUUCAAAGAAGUCAAUCUUCCGGCAGUCCCCGGAGCGUCCCCAGAAAAGAGGUUUCUAUAAAUUCAAGGAGGAAUUCCUUCGGGAUUUCACGGAAGGAAGUGCUGGUGGAAGUCCUGAUCGCGAUGACUCGUCACCGUCUGCUGAAUUUGAGUUAGACGAGCAGGACUCGAGCGCAAAAGAAAAUGACCUGAUGGAGGUGCUAAGCGUCCGAGCAAUGAAACCGAAUCUCAUAGAAAAGAAAAUCCCAGAGCGUGUGAAAGCCCCGCAAUUGGCAGAAGCACCUAAACCGAUAGAAUUAAGCAAACCAACGACAAACAGACCAAAUCCUACCUGGAAACCCAAUCUCAUUCCCCCUUCCGGCAUUACCAAAAUCACAGAGCCCAAACCAAAGGCCGCACAAAGUACAAUCCCUGCAAACCCAAAACCAAGCGCUCCCACCGAAUCGGAUCUCCUGGAAGACUCUGACCUGGACACUCUCCUCCUCCAGUGCAGUCAAAAGGUUGAGGCGAGCUACCAGAAGCAAACCAAGCGGACCAAACUUGACAAAUACGACAAUUUAUUCGAGAAUGAUUCGUUCGACGACAUCUUCCUCUCUGUUCCGGUAGACGCUCAGCAACCUCCAAAAAUAUGUAAAAGUCCCCUCGUUCGCUACAAUUCUAUGCCCACCAAGUCGCCAACGGCCAAAGCGGUCCCUGAUCGCCCAGUAAGCAGUUUUACCCGACACAAUAGCAUGCCCACUAAUGAUAAGAAACAGGCGACUGGGCAGAAGUCCUCGAUUGGAAGUGACUCGAAGAGUAGCAGUUCGGAGUCAAUUUCAUCAGAAAAACGACGUUGCACUGCGCAGGAGAUCGAACGCAAACGCUUGGAAGCUCUCCAGCGGAGGGAGGCGAGUAAAUUAAGGAAAUUAACCAGUUCUUGUGGUGUUAGCAGUAAUUAUCCGAAUUCAGGCAGAGUGAAAAGGUGAAGCGAGUCUUCUGGCUCGUUGGAUGACAAUUUUUGCAUUAUUUUGUAAGAGAAAAAAUAUAUUUACGUUAU